AAACUGGUGCCUGUUCCCAAUUCCGCCUACACUACGUAGUAAGCUUACAAGUAUAUACAUUUAUCCAUGAUAAAUCUGACAAAGAAAUAAAAUACACAACACAACACAACCACAAAAUAUCAACGACAUAGACAAACAUAAUCCUCUCCAAUAGAUCAAUCUCAAAACUCUCCAACCCAAAAGAUCAUUCAAUCAAUCAGCCAACCAAAAAUCGAAAUGGUAAACAACCCCCUCCCCCUCCUCCAACCACAUCCCCAAAAUCUAACAAGCAAAACCAGCCCCCCAAACGAAACCCCAGCACCUCAAACCCCCAAAACCCCUCCGACCUAACCCUCCUCUUCAAACACACAACCCAUACAAUCCUCCUCCUCGUCCCCACCACCGAACCCUUCACCCAAAUCCUCACAACGCUCCUCUCUGUCCUCCAAGAACGAUACCCCGAAGGUCUCAACGCAGCCAGCCCAUCCACAUCCACAUCCACCAGCCAAACCAACCGUAAAACUCCCCUCCCAUCCUCAAUCCAAGAUAUAGCCCUAGCUAUCCCACUCGAUGUAUACGACCCUAAAAAAGGUUGGUCGGAGUUACAGCUCGGAUUGGGUGAUACGCCUGAGUCACUGGGGUUGAAAGAGGGAGGGUUGAUCGCGUUUAGGUUUUUGGCGGAUGGGGAGAAUGUGGAGGGAGAUUUUGAGGGGGGUUUUGAGGUACUGUGGCCGAGUUAUGAGGAGUAUGGGGAGGAGGGGGCGGAUGAGGAUGGAGAGGAGAGGACGGGGGGUGGUGGUGAAGAGGAGGAGGAAGAUGAGCUUUGAGAUGCAAAGGGACAAAGGGAUUAACUUCAGGGGGGUUUUUUAUGUAUAGAGAAAGAUUGGAAUGGGUAUGAUGGCAGUUGGGCACGAUUCAUCUGGUCUGAGUUGGGGAUCGAUUUGGCGUUAUGGGCAUACAACUCCAAGGGACACUUGACUGCGAAUAUUACGAAGGAACGAUCAUGAUUGACGCUAGACACAUGAUGAUAAUGUGAUGCAUGACUUCUCUUUUCAUGAUGAUUGUGAUGGAGUUGUAGCUUGGUAUCGCGAGUCGAUGGCUAUUGAAACAUAAAAGUGUGUUGGUUACCUUCGAGAAAUUAUCCGCAAGAUUAAAUAAAAUAUAAAAUUAAACUGGGGAAAGUCAUUCUGUCAUGUCCCUCGUUAAUCUAAUUGCUACAAUAUCUAU